AUGUUUUUAAUAGUUGGGAGCUUGUUACUGCUAUACUUAGCAUGCGCUUGCCGCGCUACGCCACGAAUCUCACUCGGUCACCUUCACAAGCGUCAGGAUACGGUCUCGUCAGAUCUACCAUGCCUGAACGUCAUAAGCCAGGCCCAACAAGGUGUUUUCAUCUUCCCCGCAUCCGACGUGUACGAUUGUGUUAGCAGAGUACCUUUCGAUGCUGCAGUAGCCUCUCGUUUCAUCGACUACUACAAUGAAACACUGGAAUUCCAGAGCACAUUAACCUUCUUGGAGAAUCCUCCUGAAGGGUACCAGCAGCCGCCUGUCAACGUCCAACAGGAACUCGAGUAUAUCAGAGCAAACAUCAGCUCAGGCAUGUACAAGAGUCAAUACACCUUUGAAGCACAAGUACAGCUGCUCGUAAGGCGCAUGCACGAUAGCCACGUCAUUUUAGAUUCAGGCAUAAUGUCACCCUUCAGAUACGCCAGUCCUUACACACUCAUAUCUGUCUCCCAAGACGGCCUUAGAGAACCUCAAAUCUACCUACAGGAGGACCUACUCGCUGCUACAAUAGACCAAUACAACCCAUCACCCGUCUCCAAAAUCAACAAUGUAGAAGUCGUGGAAUACUUGACUUCUCUUGCAGAACUCAAUUCCGACGGGUAUGUGGAACCACACGCCGACUGGAAUUCGCUCAUGGAUAGUCCUGCCAAUGAUGUGCAAGGGUAUCUGAGUCUAUUUCAGCGUCUGAUCUUCUAUCCAGGCAACGAGCUCAACUUCACGUUUGAGAAUGGCACCACUCUGGACACUAUCUGGAUUGCGAUAUAUGUGGAAGACUCUUACACUGGCCCUCUGACCACUCCUGGAGAUUUCUACAAUUAUUUUGUAAUGGGUUUAGUGCCCGCUGAUUUUGAUGAAAGUGCUCCUUCAGUGUGGUGGCCAGCAGAGUACAACAUCACGUGGAACUCAAGUAAUCUGGUCGCACCUCCAACAGAAUCAAAUCUCCACUGUUCGAGUGACGCAGGGUUGGUCAAGAACUGGUGCAGUGUCUCCAAUGGUUUGAUUGAAGCAUACCCAAAUGAUCCGGUCGUUGUUCAGAGAGACUUAUCGAUCGUUGGCGCCGGUGUCGUCUCCGGGUACAUCAUGGAGGACAUAUCUACCGGCAUACUCAGCAUACCAAGCUUUUAUCAAGGAGAAAACCAUGUCAACAGUUUUUCAGACGCUAUUGACGAGUUUAUCGGGAACGCGACAGCGAAGAACACUAAGCGUGUGAUCAUUGAUCUCCAGCAGAACGGCGGCGGACUCAUACUUCUUGCCCUGAGAACAUUUAAGAAGUUCUUUCCCACAAUCAGCCCCUACACAGGAAGUCGAAUCAGGAGUCACGAGAUAGCAGACAUACUUGGGACGGCGUAUACAAAGUGGUGGCAGUCCCUGGAUACAUCUCUGGACCAGCAAUCUGACGACCACGAAUUCUUUGCUGCAUCGGAAUGGGUUGCAACGAACCGCAUCAACGCUGCAACAGGUCUUGAAUUCAAUUCCUGGGCGGAGUACUUUGGACCCGUCUUGGACCACGGUGAUAAAUUCUCUAACAAGCAAUCUUACAAUCUCAGUGACAGAGCCUUCGACAGAGCCACGUUCGGAACAACUUAUGGCGCUUGGGAAAACUCGAGCUCCACUGUUGAAAAUGAGAAAUGGGCCCCUGACAACAUCGUACUACUCACUGACGGUUUAUGUUCCUCCGCUUGCGCAAUAUUUGUCGAGCUUAUGACGGCGAUGGCGAACGUACGAACAAUAUCUCUGGGAGGACGCCCUGUACGGGGACCAAUGCAAACAGCGAGUGGCAACCGGGGAGCUGCCCCCUAUACAGCAUACGACCUUGAUAAUGACUACGACUGGCUGCAGACCGUUUUGGGCGAUGAGGAUGAUUUCCAGCGCCUCCAUCCGCGCAAAGAUACAGGAGCCUUCACAAAGUUCGCUUCGAUUAAUAUCCGCGACCAAAUGCGUCCUGACGAUCUUAUUCCGCUUCAGUUUCGCUACGAGCCUUCAGACUGCCGCUUGUAUUACACGCCGAAUAACGUUUAUAACAUGAGCCGGCUGUGGAGAGAUGUCGCAACAGCCGCGUGGACCAACUCAAGCACUUGUACCCCUGGCUCUACCGGUUUCUCCACACGGACAAAAACAGGACGUAAACAACCCCCCAAGCCAAGUACGGGAGCUCCCGCUCGAUUCAAAGGUCCAGAGGGCCCUCCAUCAGACUCGCUUGACAUAUCACCAAAUGCGACUGCGGGCCUCAUAGACGUCAGGUUCCUAAAAGACCUAAAUAAAUACAGGAAGUGCAAAGUAGAAGAGUCGGUAUGCGAAAAAGGUUUCUCCUGUCGGUCAGUGCCGUCAUUCUGUCCACCAGACAAAGCAGGACCUCUGCUGGAUUUAUGCUUCCCGAAUUGCCAAAGCGACAGGGCGGAUUGCGUGCCGGUGAGACUCGCAGAAUCCCCUGCGCAGCAGGUCGAUGUCAUGGCGGCCGCGGGUAGAUUUCCCACCCUCAAUCGGCCAUCGUUUCCUGGAGUCAUGACGGGCGAACAGCUACCCAGAGCACUGUAUACCGGAUUCAGACAGAGACGAGAGGAAAUUUUCAACGCGUUGGAAUUCAAUGUACCUUGUAGUUGA